GUAACAUUACAAAACGUUUUGAAGUAAAUGUUGCUGUCAAAUACUCAUAUAAUUCGUUGUGUCGACGUUUAGCUAAACCACGUGACUUUGUAAGUUGUUACAUCGAGAAACAUUUCUAAACAAGACUUCGUAGACGAGAGUUGAACUUUCCUCUGGACUAAAUCCGAACACGCAAGGUUGCCUUAUGUCUGUUCAGAGCUUCAGGAUGUCUCUGACAAUGUCUCAGGGUGAUGUGGUGACUGUUAUAACCCUCAACACAAAUCCACAGACUAAAUGGCCCAUUCUGUGUCAGAUUCUGGGUACCCUGUGCUACAGUCCAGUGUGUUCUGUAGCUCAUGAUACGAAAGGAAAACUAACAAAAACUCUGAUAGCUCUUGGGAUUGUACAGAUGAUAGUGGGAAUCAUAAAUAUCGCAAUGGGGACUUUUCUUGUAAGCAUGUAUUGGAACCAUAGCAUCAUUCUGGACUUACAAGCACCUUACUGGCUUGGUGGUAUGUUUCUUGCAGUUGGAAUCGUGUGUAUUCUUGCUGCAAAGUUUCCCAGUCCUUGUGUGUUGGUCAUUGCAGUGAUUCUGAACAUAGUCAGUGCUGCGCUGGCGAUCACAGCUGUUGUGUUGCAUUCAGUGGAUAUAGCAACGAGUUAUAGAGAUCCUGAACAGAGGAAGCAACUGGAAUUGUGUUUGUACAACAGAUAUCGCAGUCAGGUGAUCUUGAGAGGUGUAAAUAUCAUGAUGAUAGUUUUGGCAGUUCUUCAGCUCUGUGUAACCAUCAGCUUCUGUGUCGUGACUCUGAAAGCUUUGUGCAAGAAGAGCAAUGCACAGUCUGUGGAGGACCCACAACUUUACAAGCCUUUUGUAGAGGACACUACUGGCAAUGCAUGCUAGAGAAACACAAUGAACAUGGAUGAAAAAGCAACACAAUACUUAUGUUACAGGUUAAGGGUUUUGCGGUGGAUCAUUUACAGCAGAGCUGCAUUUAAAAAUAAAUAACUAGAGCACCUCUUGCAUUUAUGUUACAGAUAGCCAUUUUAUUAUAUUUACUUUGUAGAAAAAAUUUUAUAUUCAUGAGUUGAAUUUGUUCUCGCCAUUUACAGCUGACUCUAAAUAAAUCUAGUUUUUGCAAGUUUAUUUUAUAUACUGUUAAAUAUAAUUUAACCUCGCAUUUAUGUGGCUUGCUAUGGUAUUAAUCAAGCUUUUAUUUUCAUGUAAACAUGUAAAGAUUAUUUCAGAAACAAAAUGGCAUUCUUUUAAAAUUACUUUUUUGGCCACUAGGUGGCGAAAGGAUAUUGAGGAAGCAUAGACACCCAGUAAUCAAUGUCAGAGGAUAAAUGUCUAGUGCUAAAUUUAAUUUACCAAACAAAAUUUGACGUAAACAAUACCAAAAGGUAAAACUUCCACCAUAAGCCCAUUUGAUGUAUAGAGUUGUAAGAUUUUAUACAAAUGAAUCAACUCUGAACUCAUUAUUGUACUCAUUUAGACUUUUCUCUUUGUUGUUUAAUUUGAUGUUUAUUAAUUCAAGUCUUUUUUUAUGCUUGGGCUCAAUAGACUAUAACUAUCUGCACUCACUUUGAUCAAAAAAAAACUUUGAUUUCAACUAAAACAUUUAAUGUGCAUCUAUUUGAUUUUUUAAUUUACAUGUAAGAAGUUUCUUUUACUCUAUAUUAGCAUAUGUUGAUGUCUAUAAAAUAUACUGACAGUCAUUAUCUUAAAGUAAACCCCAAAGUGAAGCACUUAUUGUUUUGACAACUAUGUUAUCCUGCUUACUGCACAGCUUUUUACUAAAUCAAUAAAUAAAUAGACAACA